UUUUUUUCUUGAGAGUUCUCUAAACCUCAAGUUUACCUCUACUUCCUCCAUAUCAUCCUCCCUGUCAGUCUUUUCAGUUAUUCUCAAGAAAGUAAAAAUGGGAGUGACCUCAUCCUUAAGAAGAAAUAACAAGAGUUUCCUCAGAAUCUUCAUGGUCUUGGUUCUAAGCUGUAUACCAGGUAGAACCAAUCUUUGUUCCAAUAAUUCUGUUACCACCCCAAUAGAUUUACCUAUUCGUUCCUCGUUAGACUCACUAGAUUUGGAAGGCUACAUAAGCUUCAAUGAUGUCCACAAUGCGUCCAAGGACUUUGGCAACAGAUACCAGUUACCACCUCUCGCAGUUCUCCAUCCAAGGUCAGUUUCUGAUAUCUCAACAAUGGUGAGGCACAUAGUACAUCUUGGAUCCACCUCAAAUCUUACAGUAGCAGCCAGAGGCCAUGGUCACUCGCUUCAAGGACAAGCUUUAGCUCAUCAAGGUGUUGUCAUCAACAUGGAGUCACUUAGAAGUCUUGACAUCAAGAUUCACAAGGGGAAACAGCCGUAUGUAGAUGUCUCAGGUGGUGAAUCAUGGAUCAACAUACUAAGGGAGACUCUAAAAUAUGGUCUUUCACCAAAGUCAUGGACUGAUUACCUUCAUCUCACUGUUGGAGGUACUCUUUCUAACGCUGGAAUCAGUGGUCAAGCCUUCAAGUAUGGACCCCAAAUCAACAACGUCUACCAGCUAGAGAUAGUCACAGGGAAAGGAGAAGUCAUGACCUGUUCUGAGAAGCAAAACUCUGAACUUUUUCACAGUGUUCUUGGGGGGCUUGGACAGUUUGGCAUAAUCACCAGGGCAAGGAUAGCUCUUGGACCAGCACCACAUAUGGUUAAAUGGAUCAGGGUACUCUACUCAGACUUCUCUGUGUUUUCAAGAGACCAAGAACAUUUGAUUACUAAGAAGAAUGGUUUUGACUACGUGGAAGGGUUUGUGACAGUCAAUAGAACCGACCUUCUCGAUAACUGGAGGUCAUCAUUUAGUCCCAAUGAUUCCACAGGGGCAAGCCAGUUCAAGUCAGAAGGGAAAACUCUGUACUGUCUAGAAGUUGUGAAAUAUUACAACUUAGAAGAAGCUAACUCUAUGCAUCAGGAAGUGGAGCAGUUACUUUCAGAGUUGAGUUAUAUUCAGUCUACUUUGUUCUCAUCUGAAGUGCCAUACAUUGAGUUUCUGGACCGUGUGCAUAUAGCGGAGAUAAAACUGAGAGCAAAGGGUUUAUGGGAGGUUCCACAUCCCUGGCUGAAUCUCCUGAUUCCCAAGAGCAGCAUUUUUGAGUUUGCUACUGAAGUUUUCAACAACAUUCUCACAAGCAACAACAACGGUCCUAUCCUUAUUUAUCCAGUCAACCAAUCUAAAUGGAACAAACAUACAUCUUUGAUCACUCCAGAUGAAGAUAUCUUCUACCUGGUGGCCUUUCUCCCUUCUGCAGUGCCAAAUCCUAACUCAGGGACAAAUAACUUAGAGUACCUUUUGAGACAAAACCAAAAAGUGCUCAACUUCUGCGCAGAAGCAAACAUCAACGUGAAGCAGUACUUGCCACAUUACGAGACUCAGAGAGAGUGGAGAUCACACUUUGGAAACAGAUGGGAAACGUUUGCAAAGAGGAAACAUGUGUAUGACCCUCUGGCGAUUCUAGCACCUGGUCACAGAAUUUUCCAAAAGGCAACACAGUUAUCUCCCAUCCAACUUCUCUAAGCCAAAACAAAUAAAGCAACAUGAUAUACAGUCCUCAUAGGCACAACCACUAGAGCUAUCAUGCAGCAGCAGCCACAAACCUGUAAAUCGCAAGCGUAAGAGUUUCCAGUGUUCAUUGUAAACGGCGCACCGCUAGCUAGGCAGCAAGAGAGUGAUAAAUUCUUAUUUUUUUGUUUUUUUUUUCUUCUGGAAAGCAAUCACCUAGGUAUGAUGAUGCUCUAGUAACUGAGGAGGGUUAUACAUAUAUCUCUAUCUCUGUU